CUAGCUGCUGCAUUUUCAGCUGCUGCAGUGGCUGUGGCCACCUUGUGGUCCUUGCCCUAUAUCAACAAGAUUCCCCAGCACAACUCUAUCUUGAUAGGGCAGGGAUGGGUUCGGGAGCUCUUAUCAGGACAUCCCCAUCGCUUUCAUAAUAUGAUGGGCCUAUCUAAGCCAGUAUUCCGCCAAUUGCUCCAUGAGCUCAGUGAAUAUGCGGUGUUCUCAGGCUCCCUGGUAUCAGAUGAAAGAGAGUGUUCUAUUUUCUUA